CUACCUGCUGAUAGCGCUGAUACAUCGUUUCGCGAUUUUGAUACGCUUAGCCUCGUGUUUACUCGUCGAUUCUAGUAGUAAAAAUACGGCUUAUCGAGAGGGAAUCUCUCCGGUUGAUUGUCGAUCGGAAUUCUUUAUUAUGCGGAGUGAUCGCGUCGAGCUGUACGAGGUGUGAAGUAGAAAAAACUCGCAAACAUGUGGGCAGACACUAUCCUGAUUUUAUUUAUCAGCAUAUGCACGGCGUUGCUGGGCGAAGGGUUGACGUGGUUGAUGGUCUACAGAACUGAGAAGUAUCAAAAGCUGAAGGCCGAGGUCGAGAAGCAGAGCAAGAAGCUGGAGAAAAGGAAAGAGGCACACGGCGACUCGUUGGACAGGCAGCAGAAGAAGAAGAUCGAACGGGAGGAGGAGAGGUUGAAGAACAACAAUCGGGACCUGUCCCUCGUGAAGAUGAAGUCGAUGUUCGCGAUCGGGUUCGCGUUCACGGCGCUCUUGAGCAUGUUCAACAACAUAUUCGACGGGCGAGUGGUCGCCAGACUGCCGUUCGUCCCGAUCAGCUGGAUACAGGGCUUGUCGCACCGAAAUCUGCCGGGCGAUGAUUACACGGAGUGCUCGUUCAUAUUCCUGUACAUAUUGUGCACCAUGAGUAUCAGGCAGAACAUCCAGAAAAUGCUUGGCUUCGCGCCAUCCAGAACCGCGAGUAAGCAGAGCGGCAGUAUCUUCGGACCUCCGCCUCAGCAAUUUAAAUAGAAUUUAAAUUUAACGAAUUUUGUUACUCAUGUUUACAGAGAGAUCUCUCUUUUGUAUGUACAUCUUACUCUGUGUAUGUGUGUGCGUAUGUGCGUGUGACUCUGAAGAACUUUUAUUUAUGUCCAAUCUUUAUAAAACUUCACACGCUACUUUGUAUGUACAUCGUGCAAUUGAAUUAUAAUCGAGUGUCUUCGGAGAUUUUCCUACAAUCUCUUUUAUCUUCGAAUAUAAGAUAAUGUAAUUAUCUCUUUAUGCUUACAUUGAAAUAUAUGUUACGGAUCACUUUGUUAAACUGAAUGAAUUUAAUAGAGUAAACGAAAUAGACGCAACACGAACUUUA